GCUGUGGUGACCGCGGGUGUGGCCUACGCCUUGUGGACCUACGUCUCCACCUUGAGCCCCACACCAGGGCCAUACCUGGCAGGAUCCAGGGCCGCGGCUCCGGCGCGCGGGCGCGCGGGGGAUAGAAAGGGAAAGAUGGCGACGGGGAUAGAGAGGGGGAAGGCUAAGAAAGAGAGUCAAAGGUUUUCUCUGAGCUCUAGGGAAACAGCGAUAAAGGUAGAGAAGGAAAAAAGGAAGGACUUGGAAGUAAAAAGCAAAGAGAAGGGGAAAGAGAAAGGGAAGGAAGAGGAGAAAAAGUCUGUAGAGGUGAAAAACAAGAAGAAAGAAGUAGGGAAGGGAGAAGAUAACGGGAAGGAUGUAGGCCCGAAAAUAGACCAAGGGAAAGAGAAAGAAGAGGAGAAAAGAAAGAGUGCCGAUGUGAAAACCAAGGAGAGUGGAAAAGACAAUGGGAAGGAAGAGGAGAAAAGGAAGGAUGUCGAUGUGAAAUCCAAGGAAAACGUGAAAGAAGAAGAGAAAAAGAAGAGUGUGGACCCGAAAACCAAGGAGAACGGGAAAGGGAAGGAGGAAGAGAAGAAGAGCAUGGAUCUGAAAACCAAGGAGAAUGGGAAAGGGAAGGAGGAAGAGAAAAGACAGAGUGUGGACCCGAAAACCAAGGAGAACGGGAAAGGGAAGGAGGAAGAGAAAAAGAAGAGCGUGGAUCUGAAAACCAAGGAGAACGGGAAAGGGAAGGAGGAAGAGAAAAGACAGAGUGUGGACCCGAAAACCAAGGAGAACGGGAAAGGGAAGGAGGAAGAGAAAAAACAGAGUGUGGACCCGAAAACCAAGGAGAACGGGAAAGGGAAGGAGGAAGAGAAAAGACAGAGUGUGGACCCGAAAACCAAGGAGAACGGGAAAGGGAAGGAGGAAGAGAAAAGACAGAGUGUGGACCCAAAAACCAAGGAGAACGGGAAAGGGAAGGAGGAAGAGAAAAAGAAGAGCGUGGAUCUGAAAACCAAGGAGAACGGGAAAGGGAAGGAGGAAGAGAAGAAGAAGAGCAUGGAUCUGAAAACCAGGGUGUUCGGGAAAGGGAAGGAGGAAGAGAAGAAGAAGAGCAUGGAUCUGAAAACCAAGGAGAACGGGAAAGGGAAGGAGGAAGAGAAGAAGAAGAGCAUGGAUCUGAAAACCAGGGUGUUUGGGAAAGGGAAGGAGGAAGAGAAGAAGAAGAGUGUGGAUCUGAAAACCAAGGAGAAUGGGAAAGGGAAGGAGGAAGAGAAGAAGAGCGUGGAUCUGAAAACCAAGGAGAACGGGAAAGGGAAGGAGGAAGAGAAGAAGAGCGUGGAUCUGAAAACCAAGGAGAACGGGAAAGGGAAGGAGGAAGAGAAGAAGAGCGUGGAUCUGAAAACCAAGGAGAACGGGAAAGGGAAGGAGGAGGAGAAAAGACAGAGUGUGGGCCCGGAAACUGAGGAGGACGGGGAAGAGAAGGAAGAGGAGAAAAGACAGAGUGUGGGCCCGGAAACUGAGGAGGACGGGGAAGAGAAAGAAGAGGAGAAAAUACAGAGUGUGGACCUGAAAACCAAGGAGAACGGGAAAAGGGAGGAGGAAGAGAAAAAGGAAAAUGACGUGGAAGGCAAGGAGAAUGGGUCAGGGUUGGAAGCCAAGAAGGAGCAAGGGACGGAGAAAGAGAAGGAACAGGUCACAGAACAGGUCAAGGAGAACAGCAGCACCUUCAUUAAAACCCUGUACCCGCCGCCGGUAAGAGACCUGGGACCGGGACUCUCGCUUCCGAGGCCACUGUGGGCAUCCAGGCCCGCUAGCUCUGUUACGUCGUCGCCGAACUACGCAGAGAACCGGGUCUUGUCAGCAGAGAACCGGGUCUUGUCAGCAGAGAACCGGGUCUUGACCGCAGAGAACCGGAUCUUGUCCGCAGAGAACCGGGUCUUGUCCGAGGGCUUCUGUCUAUGGAUGAGGGGAUGUGCCAAGGUGAAAAACAAGCAGAUCCUAGUACUAGGCCUGGAUGGAGCAGGAAAGACCAGUGUCCUCCACUUCCUGGCUUCCAACACAGUCCGGCACAGCACAGCACCCACCCUAGGUUUCAAUGCAGUUAACAUCAGCUCUGAAGACAGGCAGAUGGAGUUCCUGGAGAUCGGUGGCAGUGAGCCAUUCCGCUCCUACUGGGACAUGUACCUACCCAAGGGGUGGUUGCUCAUCUUUGUGGUAGACUCAGCUGAUCAUAAACGGUUACCCGAAGCCAAGAAAUACCUUCAUCAGCUAAUUGAUCCAAAUCCAGACCUCCCUCUCGUUGUAUUUGCCAACAAACAGAAGGAUCUUGAAGCCGCCUAUCGAAUUACAGAUAUCCACGAUGCUUUGGCUCUGUCUGACGUGGGGAACGACAGGAAGCUCUUCUUGUUUGGAACUCAGGUGACUAGGAAUGGUUCAGAGAUCCCCUCCAUCAUGCAAGAUGCCAAAGACCUAAUUACACACCUGGCCAUAAAUAUGUAGAAGUGACUAAGACCCGCCCGGCCCUACUCAGCUCCCACCCAACCAUCAUCAGAGAGGGCUGAAAGGCAGGCUUACGCCAAAAUUUCCACUUUCAAUAAAAAAUAAGCCGUG